AUGGCCCACCGCAUCGGCGCGCGCGUCGCGGGCCUCUCGCCAGCGCAGCUGUGCGCCAUCAUCGAGGCGCAGGCGGGCGCGAGCGCCGCCGCGCUGCGCGUGGCGGAGGAGCACGCCGCACGGCUCGUGCAGCAGCCCGAGUGGGUGCUCUCCGAGGUCCUCCUCUCGCCGGACCUCGCCCCGCACAUCCUCGCCCAGCUGCCGACCGAGGCGCACGCCGUCAAGGGGACGUGCCGCGCGUGGCGCCACGGCUGGAAGGAGACGCUGAAGAAGCGCGAGAGGCCGCGCCUGGCGCCGCCGGAGGCUGGCCCGCCGCAGGCGCCGAUUUUUUUGGCGUUUUUUGCUCAGAAUUGA